GUCUUUCAAUCCCCAAAUACUUCCACACCAUUUCGUGGAGGAUCACGUCAAGGUUAUGUUAAAGAAAUCGUUAAGUCUGAGGAAGAAGCAAAAAAGCAUCCAACUGUCGCAAGACCACCAAAGGUUGUUUUCGAUGAUCAACAUGGACAUGAGGUGGCUCAUAAUCCAAGCACUCUGUCUAAGGAUGAAUCAAAGAGCAGAAAAGAAGAAUAA